AUGCUUUCAUUACCUACCCUUAUAUCCCUUGCCCUCGUCAGUGUCGGGCAUCUUUCGUCUUUCGUACAAGGUGCUUCAUUUGCAGUACAAGUGGGCGCUAAUGGUGCAUUGGAGUACUCUCCGUCGUCAAUCACUGCCACGGAUGGAGACGAGGUUGUAUUUACAUUCAACCCUAAAAACCACACGGUUACACAAACAUCGUUUGCGUCCCCAUGUGCACCACUCGAAGGUGGAUUCGACACAGGCUUUGUCCCCAUUUCUUCUGGCACAACUACAAAAACGUUCACCAUUCCUACGGGAACUGGCAACUCUCCACUCUGGUUCUCCUGCUCACAAAGUACACAUUGCCAGCAGGGUAUGGUCUUCGCCAUUAACCCACCUGCCGCUCCGGCUUCAGGUGUAGAUCAUACCUUCCCCGCGUUUAAAGCUAACGCGCAAGGCCUUGCGGGAAUCAACACUUCUCCUAACGCCGGUACAGGUGUACCAAGCCCAACACCGGGGACGCUUGGUUCACACGACCCCAGCACAGCGAGUGGGAGUGUUUUCUCCGCCGCAAGCGUAAACGACGGUGCUACGGGCUCUGCUACUAUCGCUGACGUGCCUACCACCACACAGCCGCUUCCGACAGGAGCAGCGGGAGCAGCGACGUUCUCUGCUAGCGAUUCCGGGAGCGGUAGUGCAGGAGCAAAUCCGACGUCGAGCGCGAAGAACAGCGCGGCGAAGGGUAGGGGUGGUGCGGUCAAGGAGAGUGCGAUGCUUGUUGGUGCAGUAUUUUUCAUCUUUGUAGGGUUUUUGUGA